UUUCGAUUUAUGAGUUUGACUGUCCCUCUGUAAUCUUUCGUCCCUCUUUUGCUAUAAACAUACGAAUUUGUAUUUAAGACAAUUAUACUUUGCGGUAACAAAACGAUUUUGUUUCUUUUUAAUCGUUGUAACAAUGAUAUUAGUGCUUUUAAAGUUAUUGAAUUUAUAAUUUUUAUUUAUUUCACUACAAACCAAUAAAACAUUGGACAGACUACUUGCAGCCUGUUAGAUAUCUUAUAUCGAAAAAAGAUAAAAAAAAUAUUCUAAGAUUAAUUGUCUGCACCAUUUUUACGUAUUUCAGAAAUUACUUUUACCAACACGGACAUGAAGAUAUCUUCAAUCUGUUCAAUUUUCAAUGCUUUUUUAUUUGAAAGUAUAUCAACAUAUCCUGACUGUAAAUAUGCUUGCCAUCAGUUAUUUUAUCAUCAUUUUAUCAAUAUGUAAAGUAAACCUUACUGUUACUGAAAUACAGAAAUACGUACCUGGAGAAGACGUCCUUUUAUAUUGUAAUGUCAAUAUUACCUCUUAUCGUGCGAUCUCCUGGUUCUUUGAAAAUAAUAUUAUUUGGACUGGAAAUAAACUUAAUAAAAUGAGUAACAAUUCUUUAAGAUACGAAAUAACAGAAAAAAUGAAUCUUCGAAUUAAGAAUACAAGUAUUGAUGACGAAGGGAAAUAUACGUGUCUACCUGUUCCUCCUGUGAUUAAUCAAAAAUAUACAGUGACAUUGAAAAGUGAACCAAUUGUGCGAAAGACUGAUUCAAACAAUAAUGAUUCAUUAGUAACUGAUGGUAGGUUAACAAUAGUUUAUUUGUUUUUAGUACCACGAUUUUCAUACACUAAUAUUGCUUAUAAACAACACUGUCUAGGCAAACAGAGUAGAAAUACAGACAUAAUUGACAAUUAUGUUUUAUCUGAAGCUUAAAGUGUUUAUACAAAUUAGCUAGAAACUUAAGUUUGGAUACGAAGAGACAUAAGAAAGACCUACACAUGACAAUAUCAAAAAUGCUUUGAACCAUACGAGCAUUUCUUAAAUCAAAAGUAAGUAAAUAGUCAAAAUACUGUUUAAUAUACAAUAAUUCAUAAUGAGUCCACCUGUUCCAAGUCUAAGAAUUAAAACUUGUUUCAAAUUUGUUAUGUGACUAUGAAAGAUCAAUUAUGAAGGUCAACAUAAUAUUUCCCUAAUGACAAACAUAUCAAAUAAGAUGAAAAACAAACCAAGAGAACAAGGUCAAAUAAUUAAUCCGUGACGACAAAACUUGUCUUUUAGAAGAAAUAAAAAGAACCUGAAGUGGGACAGAGAACGAACGGACAAACGAACGGUUCCUUGUUGAAGACAAUGAUAUGACAUACAAAA